GACAUUUAUUUGAAGGUCUGUUUUGAAGGAGGCCUUAUUUAAACAAAUGAUUCAGUCAUAAUGUACCAUAAGUGUAUACAUUUAGAAGGUAUCUCCUAUUAAUGCGUACUAUACACAAUGUUUUUUUUUGUUUACUCUCAAAGUGCAAUAUUUCCUACAUUCCUUUAGCAGUCGAGAACGCGCCUUCGGUUUUCCAACCAGGUAUGAGCACGACAUGUAUUUUAGGUUGCAUUUCAUGGAUAAAUGUUUGCUUUUUCAAUCUGGUUGUUGUAGGUUCAAAGGGGCAACUAACUAAGGUGAAAGGUUUAUAAGAGAAAAUAUUUAAAAAGGUUUUUGGUGAGAUUUGAACUUUUUGAAUGUGUUUGUCUCAAUUUCAAUCAACUUGCCAGGGGACUGGAGAUGGGAAAUUAUAUCAGCACUUCAGUCAUCAACAAUAAUAUAAUCUGAGAAAUGGACAUUGAAACAGUGUAGGUCUGACUUCGUAGGAUAUGUAUAGCGAGCAGUGAUAUAUAUAAAUAAUCCCAGCAUAGUAUCUGAGGGACCUUUUCUUCAUCUGUCAUAAUCAAACAUAAACCCAUUAUUAAAAUGUUUAAGAUAUGAAAGUGAGCAGAAUAUGAACAAUCAAACCAAUUUCCUCUGAGGACCACACUUUUCUUUUAUUUCCAAAUGAUCCUGUGAGCUCAUUUCUCAGGGUUCGUAAUUAAAUUGUAUUUGGCUUUAAAAUAUACAUAAAUGUAAAGUUGUUUUCUCCGUUUGUGGGAAACUGCAAACCAUCACAUUUUUCUAAUGUUUCUCAAAUUGUACUGCGCAUCUUUCCCUUGACCAGUUCCGUGUUUUGUUUCUAUCCAGGCUUUUAUUUUGGUAGGGCACCUCGCGUCACGUGACCAGAGAUUGACCAAUAGAAACACAGAGUGCAAUAGUUUGCGGAAGUUUCCCCCUGACCGUGUCGUCUUUUACCGCGGUGACGAAAACUCUUUUUGUUUUAAAUGCUAGUAGGAACGGGAGGCCAAUGUUAUAGUUGAAUUAGUCCAGUCUAUAUUCCACGGUCACACCGACCGUAACAGUAAUGUCCAAAUCGAAAUCAUCGCGGCAUCUAAAAGAAAAUGAGUGCAAACAGUUGCCGAUCUACCAGCACAAAGCCAAACUGAUCCAGGUAGUGAAAGAAAGCACUUUUUUGGUGGUCACAGGUGAGACAGGCAGUGGGAAAACGACACAGCUUCCACAGUACUUACAUGGAGCAGGUUUUUGUAAAAAUGGCAAAAUAUGCGUUACCCAGCCCCGCCGGGUGGCUGCCAUUACGGUGGCUCAGAGGGUAGCCCAGGAGAUGCAGUGCACUCUGGGUAAAAAGGUGGGCUACCAGGUGCGCUUCGACGACUGCACGUCACAGGACACUGAGGUGAAGUACAUGACGGAUGGAUGUUUGCUCAGAGAGGUUCUGGCAGACCCGGGACUGGCUCAGUAUGGUGUGGUGGUCCUGGAUGAGGUCCAUGAGCGAAGCCUCAACACAGAUAUCCUCCUGGGCUUACUGAAGAAGGUCUUCUCUGAUCCCGCUGAGGCAAUGAGGGGACGCUCUUUCCCACUGAAGGUGGUGGUGAUGUCGGCCACCUUGGAAACGGAGAAGCUUUCUGCCUUUCUCGGGGGGUGUCCUGUAUUCACUAUACCUGGGAGGACUUUUCCUGUCACGUGCACAUUUGGCAACGCUGUAGGACCAAAGGACUUGGACAGCAUGGGUUAUGUGAAAGAGGUUGUGUCUUUGGCGCUGGAUGUCCACACUAGUGAGAUGGCAGGAGACAUUCUGGUGUUUUUAACCGGUCAGUUAGAAAUCGAACGCGCCUGCGAUUUGCUGUUUGAGAAAGCAGAAUCUAUAGACUACCGCUACGACGUGAAGGACAAAACAAUGGAGGGGCUUCUUAUUUUACCUCUCUAUGGAUCCAUGCCUACUGAUCAACAGCGGCAGAUUUUUCAGCCACCUCCUCCCGGAAUAAGGAAGUGCGUUGUGGCCACAAACAUCGCCGCUACAUCUCUCACCAUCGACGGCAUCAAGUACAUCAUCGACAGCGGCUUUGUCAAACAACUCAACCACAACUCCAGGGUUGGCAUGGACAUUUUGGAAGUGGUGCCCAUUUCUCAGAGUGAGGCUCAGCAGAGAGCGGGCCGAGCUGGAAGAACCUCAGCAGGGAGGUGUUUUCGCAUCUACACGAAGGAAUUCUGGGAAGAGUGCAUGCCUGAAUAUACGAUUCCAGAGAUCCAGAGGACAAGUCUGACUGCAGUGAUCCUCACGCUCAAGUGCCUGGGUGUCCAUGAUGUCAUCAGGUUCCCCUAUCUGGACCCCCCAGAGGAGAGGUUCAUCCUAGAGGCGUUGAAACAGCUCUACCAGUUUGACGCUAUUGACAGGAGGGGUCGGGUGACUCACCUGGGCCAGCUGAUGGUGGAGUUCCCUCUGCACCCGGGCCUCACCAGGGCUUUGCUCAAAGCCGCCUCGCUCGGCUGCCAGGACCUGUUGCUUCCAGUGGCCGCUAUGCUGUCUGUGGAGAAUAUCUUCAUACGACCAGGUCACCCUGAGAAGCAGAAAGAGGCCGAUCGGUGUCACAGAGCGCUGGCGGCCGGGAGCGGCGGCAUGAACGACUUUGCCACGCUUCUCUGCGUUUUCCAGCUGUGUCAAUCCAGUGAAAGGCCUUCCGUUUGGUGCAAGGACAAUUGGAUCCACUGGAGGGCGCUCAAGUCGGCAUUCAGCGUGGAGACGCAGCUGCGUGACAUCCUCCUGCGCCUGCAACAAAGGAGAGAUUUCCCCGUGGAGAAGUUUGACGGCAAUAAAAAUGAACUCUUCCGACGAUGCCUGUGCACAGGAUACUUCACCAAUGUUGCCAGAAGAUCAGUUGGGAAGGUGUUCUGCACAAUGGAUGGCCACGGAUCCAUGGUUCACAUCCAUCCAUCGUCAUCGUUGUUUGAGCAGGAGAUGGAGCUGGACUGGAUUCUCUUCCACGAUGUGCUGGUGACAUCGCGGGUCUACGUCAGGACCGUGUGUCCCAUCAGAUACGAGUGGGUGAAGGAGCUGCUGCCUAAACUGCACGAGGUGGACGUCUAUGAGCUCAGCAGCGUGGCGAGACAGGAAGUGACCGAUGAGGAGAUGAUCAAGUGGGAGAGCAGGGAGGCGGCUAAAAGGCAACCAGAAGUUUCUACUCAGGAUCUCUUGAAGAAACUGGAGAAGCGAAAUAACGAAAGCACCGUCAGUGAUGCUCGCGCUCGCUACCUGCAGCGCAAGCAACAAAGACAACAGAACAGUAAAGCUCCCUGAUGUUGGAACACCAGCGAUGAUGGACAAUACCAUAUUUUUAAACAGUAUAUCCUGACAAUAAACAUUUUGAUA